AUGACCAAAAGUGACUGGGAUCCACGUGUUAGUUCUCCUAUUUCUAGGAUACCUCAUCCUAUGGUACACGAUGCAUCCUACUACGCUAAAUGUAUGUUAGGAGGCGUAUUAUCUUGUGGAAUAACUCAUACCUUGGUAACUCCACUAGAUGUCACCAAAUGUAAGAUGCAAACGAAUCCACAAGUAUACAAGGGGCUUUUGUCUGGUCUGGGACUCAUACUAAGACAGGAAGGCGCAGGUGGAUUGGUUAAGGGGUGGCGUCCCACUCUCGUUGGUUAUUCUCUUCAGGGAUUGGGUAAAUUCGGCCUUUAUGAGUUUUUCAAAGACUUUUAUGCAAGAAAGAUCGGAGAAGAGAACGCAGCCAAAUACAAGGGAACUAUGUGGUUGGCAGCUUCUGCUUCCGCUGAAGUUUUUGCUGAUAUCAUGCUUUGUCCUAUGGAAAUGGUAAAAGUUAAGGUCCAGACCGCGCCGUUGAAUGAGAAAUGGCCGACAAGCUUGCUUGGAGCUACUUCAAAGAUGUAUGCAGUUAGAGCGGAUUCUAAAUUUCCAUUUGGAAGCUUGAGACCUCUUCUCAGCCGUCAAGUACCCUAUACUAUGGCAAAAUUCUACUUCUUUGAAAAGGUUGUACAGCUUUUCUACGAUCACAUUUUUACCAAACCAAAGAACGAAUACUCUAAACAGACACAACUUGGAAUCACAUUUGCGUCAGGAUAUUUGGCUGGAAUUAUUUGUGCUGUUGUUUCGCAUCCCGCCGACACUCUUGUUUCUCAAAUGGGAAAAGCCGAGAACAAAGGCAAAGGAUUUGGACAAAUGGCCAAAGAAGUUGGUGCAUUUAAUUUGUUUACUCGCGGUUUGGGUACUAGGGUGAUUAUGAUUGGCACACUUACUGGCUUACAAUGGUGGAUUUAUGAUACUUUCAAGUCAUUCAUGGGCAUGGGAACGAGUGGGGGUGGUUCCACCAAGAAAUAG